AUGGAGUCGGAAAGAUACAGUUUUUCUUUAACUACUUUUAGUCCUUCGGGAAAACUUGUUCAAAUUGAAUAUGCCCUUGCAGCUGUGGCGGCUGGAGCUCCGUCCGUGGGCAUCAAAGCUUCUAAUGGAGUAGUAAUUGCUACAGAAAAUAAACAUAAAUCAAUUUUGUAUGAUGAGCACAGUGUGAACAAAGUAGAAAAAAUAACGGAUCAGAUAGGAAUGGUCUACAGUGGAAUGGGCCCUGAUUACAGGUUACUUGUUCGUAAAGCUAGAAAAAUGGCCCAACAGUAUUUUUUAACGUAUCAGGAACCUAUUCCGACAGCUCAGUUGGUUCCUAGGGUUGCAACAGUUAUGCAAGAAUACACUCAAUCAGGAGGUGUGAGACCAUUUGGUGUUUCUUUGCUUAUUUGCGGUUGGGAUGGAGAAAAACCUCAUUUAUUUCAAUGUGAUCCUUCCGGUUCAUAUUUUGCUUGGAAGGCGACAGCAAUGGGUAAAAAUUUCAUUAAUGGUAGAACCUUUUUGGAAAAAAGAUACAGUGAAGAUUUAGAAUUGGAUGAUGCUGUACAUACUGCUAUAUUAACAUUAAAAGAAGGUUUCGAAGGGCAAAUGACAGCAGACAAUAUAGAAGUUGGAGUUUGUGAUGCAAACGGUUUUAAAAGAUUGGAACCUGCUAAUAUCAAAGAUUAUCUUGCUAAUAUUCCAUAA